AUGGACGCGCGGAGCCCGCUGUCUGCCCGGGCCAGCGCGUUCAGCAUCGCCUCUCUUGUUGCAGCCGAGGCCUCGGAGGGCACCGCCCACCGGGGCCCCAGGCCCUCGGACUGGGCGAAACUUCGCCGGCUACCAGGAUCCCCAGCCGGGAUGCACUUCAGCACAGUCACCAGGGACAUGGAAGCCUUCGCGGCCAGCAGCCUGAGCGGCCUGGGAGCCCCGUCGCCUGGCGCCGACCCGUUCGGCCCGCGCGAGCCGCCGCCUCCGCGCUACGACCCGUGCGCCGCCGCCCCCGGCGCCCCGGGCCCGCCGCCGCCGCGCGCCUACCCGUUCGCGCCCGCCCCCGGGGCGGCCAGCAGCUCGGCGGCGGAGCCGGAGGGUCCGGGGGCCACCCGCGCGGCCGCCGCCAAGGCGCCGGUGAAGAAGAACCCGAAGGUGGCCAGCGUGAGCGUGCAGCUGGAGAUGAAGGCGCUGUGGGACGAGUUCAAUCAGCUGGGCACCGAGAUGAUCGUCACCAAGGCGGGCAGGCGAAUGUUUCCCACCUUCCAAGUGAAGCUCUUUGGAAUGGACCCCAUGGCUGACUACAUGCUGCUCAUGGACUUUGUGCCUGUGGAUGACAAGCGCUACCGGUACGCCUUCCAUAGCUCCUCCUGGCUGGUGGCAGGCAAGGCAGACCCUGCCACACCUGGCCGAGUGCACUACCACCCUGACUCUCCGGCGAAGGGCGCACAGUGGAUGAAGCAGAUCGUGUCUUUUGACAAGCUGAAGCUGACCAAUAACCUGCUGGAUGACAAUGGCCACAUUAUUCUCAACUCCAUGCACAGAUACCAGCCCCGCUUCCAUGUUGUCUACGUGGACCCUCGCAAGGACAGCGAGAAAUAUGCAGAGGAGAACUUCAAAACCUUUGUAUUUGAGGAGACGCGCUUCACUGCAGUCACCGCCUACCAGAACCACCGGAUCACGCAGCUUAAGAUUGCCAGCAAUCCCUUCGCCAAAGGCUUCCGGGACUGCGACCCCGAGGACUGGCCCCGGAACCACCGCCCCGGAGCGCUGCCGCUUGUGAGUGCCUUUGCUCGCUCUCGGAACCCCGUGGCUUCCCCCACGCAGCCCAACGGUGCGGAGAAAGACGCGGCAGAAGCCCGGCGAGAGUUCGAUCGUGACUCCGGACCCGCAGCGCUCGGCGACGCCGCGCACCCGCCGCAGCUGCUGGCGCGCGUGCUGAGCCCCGCACUGCCCGGGUCUGGCGGCCUCGUCCCACUACCCGGAGCGUCCGGAGGCCGGCAUAGCCCCCCUCACCCCGAGCUGCGCCUAGAGGCGCCGGGCGCGUCCGAGCCGCUGCAUCACCAUCCCUACAAGUACCCGGCCGCCGCCUACGACCACUACCUCGGGGCCAAGAGCCGGCCGGCGCCCUACCCGCUGCCCGGCCUGCGCGGCCACGGCUACCAUCCGCACGCGCACCCACACGCGCACCCGCACCACCACCACCACCCCGCGGUGAACCCUGCCGCCGCCGCCGCCGCAGCCGCAGCCGCAGCAGCAGCCAACGUGUACUCGUCGGCGGCCGCGCCGCCUGGUGCCUACGACUACUGCCCCAGAUAGUGCGCCCGCGCGCGCGCGGCCCCAAGGGCCACCUAAGGACGCGCUCCCCCGCUGAGGAGCCUUGCGGGCCUCCCGCCCGCCAGUGCCAAAGCUCCCCACCGUCCGAGGCGGAAGGAAGUGGUAUUUAUUGUUCUCCGCGAGACCGCGUCGCCUCCGGCCCGGCCGGC